AUGGGCGCUGAAUCGAAAUCAGACAGCUCUUCCGAGCUCACAAUGGAGCUCACAAAGCAGUAUUCUGCGACCGCCGUCAGUGGAGAUGAAGAGAAAUUGCUGAGGGAUCCUGAAACCCCGAUGGCGCCAAAGGCCAAGGCCGCGCCAGCCCUUUUGUCCAGCAGCUGGCUUGACCCCAGAUCCUUUACAAACCUUCAAUGGGCGUCAAAUGUAUCUCGCACAGUUAGUGAUACUAUAAACUACGUCGCUGGGCAAUUUUCAGAGGAGACCUGGAGUCCGGCUGUGGAGGAAAAGAGGCGGUCCGAGGCGAUCGAUCAGUUUCUUGACCAAGAGUCUCAUAGACAAGAUCGACAACUAAGAGUCUCCAUGUUUGGUGACAUCUGGCAGAAGCAGGUCCUCUGGAAACAUUUUCGUCUAAUUGUGCAGCCGUUGUCUAGUCAAGAGCGGUCGGACUUGGUCCCUGAAGUACGUCGAGUUGUCCUUGACAUGGUAAUGACUGUCCUUACCUAUCUGGAUGAAGAAAUUAUUUCUAAGAUGAAAGGGAAGAACUUGGAGGAAGCCUGGGCUCGGGAGAUCGUAGCAAUCAGAUCUCUUCACUCGAAAGACGAGACAGAAAUGGUCAACCGAAUCCUGGCUUUAAACAACGAGACUUUCCACGCUCAAUUGAAACAGCACGGAUUGUCGAUGAAGGAGGCAUAUAGCAAAGCCCAUUCUUUCGACGAACCUGGAUUUCUGGCCUGCCCAUAUUAUGACAAUCAAGACAUCUUCAAACAGGUAGAGAGGGUGCACGCCGCAGACUACGAGCCGACAGACCACGACUUCUUCCACUUCGACCGUCGGUUAUCCCUAACACUGAUACGAGAAGUUAAAAUCGAAAGGCUCGGCUACUCUAUUCAACUCCAGGAUCCGGUUCGGAAUAUGGGCGAGCGACGAAAAUGGAUCCACCAUAUCGAGAACCACACUGGUGUAUUGUUCAUUGCCGAUAUUGGCCGUUACGAUGAGACCCUUUGUGAGGAUGACUCGGUGAGCGUCUUAGACGAGCAGAUGGCGGUUUAUGAGUCAAUUCUUUGGUCCAAGUGGUUUUCCAAUGCGCCGUUACUACUUGUAUUGUCCAAUCUGGUCUUGUUUGAGUCCAAGCUGGAAAUCUCGCCCCUUGCCAAGUUCUUCCCGGACUACGAGGGCAGAAGUUUGGAUGAUGCAAAGGCGUAUAUUGCUUCUCGAUUUCUGAAGGCCGCAAAGGACCGGAAAGACGUUCAUGUAUUCUAUCUCAAUGUGUGCGAUGAGCAGAAUGUGCGCGAGAUCUUUGACGCCAUGGAGGGAACAGUACUUAAACCAGCACUUACGAAGCUCGGUCUUGUUGGGCAGAUGUAG